CGGAAAUUGCCGAAGUUAAUCCAACAUGGCCGGGGCGAGUUUGACGCCAUGAUGCCAAAGAAACUGUGAAGAAUUUGUAAAUAUUUCCCCAUGUUGGAGCCUAUCCUAUCGGUAGUUGGAUUCCGAGGAGAGAAAAAUAACUCAAGAAACGCGUGGAUCGGGGAGAGAGAGCUUCAAAGAAAUUUGAGGCUUUCGUGACAGUAUUAUGACAGAAUUAUGAAUCUAGAUUCGUUAUCUUUUGCCUUGUCUCAAAUCAGCUAUUCGGUGGCCAAUCUAACAAAGAAAAAUUUCAAAUCCAGUGUAUCAGAAAUAUCGCAUCUGGUCUCUCAGCACGGAGCUGAGGCAGAAAGGCAUCUUUACAGGUGCCUUUUUUCACACGUUGACUUCAGUGGGGAUGGUAAAAGUACUGUUAAAGACAAAGAUUUUCACCAGACCCAGUAUUUGAUACAGGAAAGCAGUGCUCUGAUUUCCAAGCCUAACUUUGUGUCCAUACUUUGCUUUGCUAUAGACAAUCCAUUGCACCAGCAAAAAACCUUACGUGCGUCCCCUCAUCUCUUGCCUCAACUGAGUAAGUUCCUGAAGCUGACCAAGGUCCAGGAGGUGGUCUUCGGCUUAGCUCUGCUCAGCUCCUCCGUCGCGGAUACCCGAACGUUUGCAGCGCAGUUUGUGAAACAGAAAUUCCCUGACUUGCUCAGGUGUCACUUGGACUCUGAUCCCAGUGUUAGCCAAGAGAGUGGUCUACAGGAGGUGGCAGUAGAAGUUGUCCACUUUUUGCUGACUCAUCUCGCCAAGGACAGAGAGAGCUUUGACAUAUCCUCAGAUCAGAAAGAGGCCUUUAUAAAAAGUUUACAAAGAGAUUUUCCCAAGGACCGAGUACCAGUUGUGCUCUCUCCUCUGCUGUACCCAGAAUUACAGGACUUACCUCUGGAGAAACUGAACCCAGACUCCAUCACCAUGCCCAAGUCAAUGAUGGAGGGCUCCCUAGCUGACAUUUUACUGGAAGCUGGAUAUGGGUGUACUGCUAGCGUUGAAGAAUGCCGCACCACGUUGCUCCAAGUGGGAGCUCGCGAGCUGACAGCAGGCGCUAUUGCUCGUGUUCUUGGAAUGAUGGCGAGAACACCUACAGGUCUAGGUGAUCAGGUAAACAUACAGUCCCUGAGUGGCCCAGGUGGCAGCACUAUAUGGAGUGAUGGCAAAGACAAGCCCGAUUCUGCCGGGAUUAGUACCUGGAAUGUUGAUGUCUUCGUACAAGUUGUUCAUGACAUGGGUCCUCAUAUUAACUGGAGAGAAGUGGUCAGUGAGCUGGACCAUGAGGGGUUCUUGGUGCUGGGGAAACCAGGGUUACGCCUGCUGGUCCAGGCUCUCUUCCGUGGACUGAGGGGGGACGUGUUCCCAGUGGAAUAUAUCUACAGGACAUGGAAGAACACAGAGGGACAGCUCUCCUGGCUGUCCCAGUCACUGAAGAACCCAGACGUGUUUUGUUUCGCCGACUAUCCCUGUCAUCCCGUGGUGAUUGACAUCCUUAAGACUCCGCCCGAUGACGAGAACAGGGAGAUUGCUACUUGGAAAUCCCUGGAUUUGGUGGAAGUGUUGCUGAAGCUGUCAGACGCUGGGUUGUAUCAACAGAUCACAGAACUGUUCAAGUUCCCCAUACAACACUGUCCAGACAUGCUGGUGCUGGCACUACUCCAGAUCUCUCCCAACUGGAACACCUUAAAACAUGAGCUCAUCUCCACACUGAUGCCCAUCUUCCUCGGCAACCACCCCAACUCUGGCGUGGUUCUCCACUACGCGUGGCACUGCCAGAGCCAGUCUACCACCAUACGCACACUCAUCAUGCAUUCCAUGGCCGAGUGGUACAUGCGCGGGGAGCAUCACGACCAAAGUCGGCUGUCCAGGAUUCUUGAUGUGGCUCAGGAUCUUAAGGCCCUGUCCAUGUUGCUAAAUGCGACACCGUUCGCCUUCGUGAUCGACCUUGCGUGUCUGGCCAGCCGGAGAGAGUAUCUGAAGCUGGACAAGUGGCUCUCAGAUAAGAUGAGAGAACAUGGGGAGCCGUUCAUUCAGGCGUGUGUGAACUUCCUGAAGAGGCGCUGUCCACAGCUGACUGGUCCAGGGAUGAAGGAUGACCAGCCACAGUCCAAGAGUCAACAACUGCCACCUGAGACACUGACCACCAUGUUGGCCUGUCUGCACGCGUGUGCUGGCAAUGUGAGCCCGGAGCUGUCAGAGAACAUCCUCACCAUGUUUGGAAAUGCCUCCCACAUCCUCCAGAAGGCCAGACAGACGGCCCCGGGGGUGGUAGGAGGGAAGGGGGUCACACCCCCCAUAGGUCCCCCACCCACAGGACUGAACCAGAUGGACCCCAUGACCAGCUUGGGUCCUCUGUCAGGAUUAGGGGUACCACCCCCAGGGGGAUUCCCCAGUGGACCAGGCUUCCCCCAGGGGCUAGCGGCCUCCCUGAGUGGCACCCCGGCCUCACCAGCCAAGAAUUUCCCCAACGUCUCUCAGUCCACGCCCCCUGCACAGCCAGGGUUCAACCCUAUGCAGACCAACCCCAUGCAGAACUUGACUUCACAGUUACAAAACCUUGGUAUCCAGACCAGCAUGCCCUCUGGUGGCCUGGGGAUACAGACCAGCAUGGCGUCUGGAGCACGCUCACUCAGCGCCCUCAGUAUGAAUGCCACGCUAAAACAACAGCAGCAGCAGCCUCCAAAUGUGGAGAGACUGCGCCAAGCCUCCCAGCAGGACGAGGUGGCCAGUCUGUUCCAGGAACCCACUCAGCAGUUCUCCAAGGAGGUGGAAGACGAGGCCAACUCGUACUUUCAGAGGAUCUACAACCACCCGCCUCACCCAACCAUCACUAUUGACGAGGUCCUCGAGAUGCUGAAGAGGUUCAAGGACUCCCCUGUGAAGAAAGAACGGGAUGUUUUUGCGUGCAUGCUGCGCAACUUAUUUGAGGAGUAUCGAUUUUUCCCACAAUACCCUGAGAAAGAGUUGCAGACCACCGCCAUCUUGUUUGGUGGAAUUAUCGAGCAAGGACUUGUCACUUACAUGGCGCUAGGCGUGGCAUUGAGAUACGUGCUGGAUGCUCUCAGAAAGCCGAGUGGGAGCAAGAUGUACCUGUUUGGAAUAGCGGCACUGGACAGGUUCAAAACCAGGCUGAAAGACUACCCAGUGUAUUGCCAACACUUGGCUAGAAUCCCUCACUUCAGCCAGUUCCCCCAGCACAUGAUAGAGUAUGUGGACUUCGGGUCCCGCUCCCAGGAACCCCCCAACCGCCCCCAGGGUCCUGUGGUGUCCACCAGCUCCACUCGGAGCCUGACACCCAGUGGACCCCCUGUGGUCAGUACUGUCACCGUGACAACCACCACUACCACGGCUGCUGCGACCGCUGCUGUCACCAAACCUACGAGUGUUAGUUUUCAGACCAAGCCGUCUAUAGCUAAUGCUACCAACAUUGACACCCUCCUGGCAGGGACAGAGGGGAAAGAGGAGACCAGCGUCCCCCCUGAGGCUCUUCAAGACAAAGUGUUCUUCAUCUUCAACAAUUUGUCUCUGGCUAACAUGGCCCAGAAGGCAGAGGAGCUGCGAGAACAUGUUAGUUUGGACUACAUCCCCUGGGUGUCCCAGUACAUGGUGAUGAAGAGGGCCAGCAUCGAACCCAACUUCCACACGCUCUACGCAAACUUUGCCGAGGUCUUGAAGAUCCAGCCUCUGUCGGACAUGAUUAUCUCAGAGACGUACAGGAACAUUAAGAUUCUGUUGCGAAGUGACAAGGCGGUAGCAAACUUUUCAGACAGGACACUGUUGAAGAAUCUAGGCCACUGGCUGGGCAUGCUGACCCUGGCCAAGAACAAACCCAUCCUCCAUGUGGACAUUGACCUGAAGUCUCUUCUAUAUGAGGCCUACAGCAAGGGGGAGCGCGAGCUGCUCUACGUCGUCCCUUUUGUGGCCAAAGUGAUCGAGUCCUCCUCCAAAAGCAGGGUAUUCAAGCCUCCCAACCCAUGGACCAUGGGGAUCAUGAAUGUCCUGGCAGAACUCCACCAGGAGCAUGAACUGAAGCUGAACCUCAAGUUUGAGAUUGAAGUCCUGUGUAAAACUCUCAAUAUUGACAUCAACUCUGACUUGACCGCGGGUCACUACUUAAAGGACCCAUCCCGUAUGGAGCGUCUGGUGCCCCAGCUCAGCCCUCCUAAACCCAAGGAACCUAUGACCUCAGAGCAGCUGCAAGUGCCCCCUCCCUCCCUCUCCAUGGGGAUGGGGGGGAUGGAAGAGGCACCAUCCUCCACGACAUCCCUGACAACAUUCAGCGUGAGUGCCACCACCACCGUGCCGACACCAGUGGUGACAAGCACACCGGCAGCCGCCAUGAUGACACCCCCUCAGCCACAGUUUGCAUUUGGAGAUGUGAACGUGUCCAGUUUGACGGGACUGGCCGCCCAUGUCUCUAUUAAUGAACAGCUUGCCCUGUUCCAAGCCCAUCCCCAGUUGAAGCAGUACGUGAGACCCGCCCUGGAGAGGGCCGUGCAGGAGUUGCUGCCACCUGUUGUUGAACGCUCCAUUAAGAUUGCGCUCACCACCUGCGAGAUGAUUGUCAAAAAGGAUUUUGCCUUAGACCCUGAGGAGGCACGUCUGCGCUCUGCAGCCCAUCACAUGGUGCGCAGCAUGACGGCAGCCAUGGCGCUGAUCACCUGCCGUGAACCACUCCUCAUCACCAUAGGAACACAGAUCAAGAACACCUUCCUCAGCAUACUCAAGGGUGCAACGCAGCCCCAGAAGGAGCUGAUAGAGCAGGCCGCCCCCAUCAUCGCCCAGGAUAACACUGAGCUCUCCUGCGCCUUUAUACAGAAGACGGCCGUGGAGAAGGCGAUAGCUGAGAUUGACCGCCGCCUGGCCACAGAGUAUGACCUCAGGAAACACGCCAGGAAUGAGGGGCGCCGUUACUGCGACCCCGUGGUCCUCACGUACCAGGCAGAGAGAAUGCCAGAGCAGAUUAGACUGAAGGUGGGUGGGGUCACUCCACAGCAGAUCUCUGUCUAUGAAGAGUUCCACAGAAAUAUCCCAGGAUUCCUGCCCAAUGCACCAGAAACGGCACCACCAACUUCUGCUGCUGCCGCCGCUGCUGCUGCUGCAGGCGUGUACCCAGCCAAACCACCAGCCAGCUACGCCGCCACUGAUGAAAUCACCGCAAUUUACGAGAAAAUUGCCACAGAAAUUGACAACCAACUUAAACAGAUAAUAGCGCCCCAGUCUACUGCCCACGUGGCAGCACUUCAUGGCAUCCUGGACGCAGUCGUGCUGGCCAGGAACUCCAGGGAAAUCGUGACGGCGCUCUCUCUGCUGCAGAAGACAGUGGAGGGAUUACUGGAGGGCCUGAACCCAUCUCUCACCGACACUGAGCUGCUAAUCAGGUACCGCGACUGCCAUCUCCUCGUCCUCCGCGGACUUCAGGAUCCCAGGGCAUACGGACCUCAGUGGACCAACAAGCAGGUGACCAGGUGUCUGGUGGAGUGUCGUGAGGACUACAGGUACAACCUGGACGCCGUGGAUUGCCUGAUCAAAAGUCACCUGGUCAACAUGCAGCAGUAUGACCUGCACCUGGCACAGCAAAUGGAGAAUGGUCUGAACUACAUGGCUGUGGCCUUUGCCAUGCAACUAGUGCAGAGAUAUUGUGUAGAGGAGAAACAGACUGGCAUGGCCACUAAUACUGAGGCGGACUUCUACAACACCAUUGAGACUCUAGGUCGCAUUGCCAUCCACUCCCGCCAGGCCCCAGACGGUCUCGCUGCUCUCAUUGAGGCCAUCCGUGCCCAGAACGACACCAGUAUGAUGGACAGGACACCAGGGGGCCCCACCAGCAUGAUGCAGUCUGGGAUAUCCCAGGCGCGGGAGUUUGACGACCCCCCAGGGCUGCACGAGAAGACGGAGUUCUUGUUGCGCGAGUGGGUCAACAUGUAUCACUCACCGGCCGCAGGCAGGGACAGCACCAAGGCAUUCUCUGCCUUUGUACAGCAGAUGCACCAGCAGGGUAUCCUGAAGACGGACGACCUGAUCACCCGGUUCUUCCGCCUCUGUACUGAGAUGUGCGUAGAUCUGUGCUACAGAGCGCUGUCUGAACAGAGCAGCCCCACCCUGAUACGAGCCAAGUGUUUUCACACCCUAGACGCCUUUGUGAGGCUGAUUGCUCUCCUGGUGAAACACUCAGGGGACUCGGCCAACACAGUGACCAAGAUUAACCUGCUCAAUAAGGUUCUGGGGAUAGUGGCUGGCGUGUUGCUGCAAGAUCACGAGGUGAGAGGGACGGAUUUCCAGCAGCUUCCCUACCACAGGAUCUUCAUCAUGUUGUUCAUUGAGCUAAACGCCCCUGAACACGUCCUGGAGAGCAUCAACUUCCAGGUGCUGACAGCUUUCUGCAAUACUUUCCACAUCUUGCGUCCAGCCAAAGCGCCAGGGUUUGCCUUUGCUUGGUUGGAGUUGAUAUCUCACCGCGUGUUCAUUGGGAGGAUGCUGGCCAUUACACCGCAGCAGAGGGGAUGGAGCAUGUACGCACAACUCCUGAGUGAUCUGUUUAAGUUCCUGGCGCCUUUCUUACGUAAUGCCAAUCUGGACAAGCCAACCCAGCUGUUGUACAAGGGAACAUUACGGGUGCUGCUGGUUCUGUUGCACGAUUUCCCAGAAUUCCUGUGUGACUUCCACUACGCCUUCUGUGAUGUCAUCCCACCUAACUGUAUCCAGAUGCGCAACCUCAUCCUGAGCGCAUUCCCACGCAACAUGCGUCUGCCGGAUCCGUUCACGCCUAACUUGAAGGUGGACAUGUUGCCUGAGAUUGCGAUGCCCCCUAGGAUUAUGACAAACUUUGCCAAGAUGAUCCAGCCCAAGGGAUUUAAAAAUGACAUGGACUCCUACUUGACCUCUAGGUCACCCGUGACCUUCCUGUCAGAGCUCCGCAGCAGUCUCCAGAUCUCCAGCGAGCCCGGGAACCGUUACAACAUCCCGCUGAUCAACGCCCUGGUUCUGUAUGUGGGAACCCAGGCCAUCACAUUUAUCCACAGCAAGGGCCUGCAGCCCAGCAUGAGCACCAUUGCCCACUCCUCUCAUAUGGAUAUCUUCCAGAAUUUGGCUGUGGAUUUGGACACAGAAGGUCGGUACCUGUUCCUGAAUGCCAUAGCCAACCAGCUGCGUUAUCCCAACAGUCAUACUCACUACUUCAGCUGUACUCUGCUCUAUCUCUUUGCUGAGGCCAACAGCGAGGCCAUACAGGAGCAGAUUACCAGGGUUCUCCUGGAGAGACUGAUAGUGAACCGCCCCCACCCAUGGGGCCUGCUCAUCACCUUCAUUGAGCUGAUCAAGAACCCAAGCUUCAAGUUCUGGAAUCAUGACUUUGUCCACUGUGCACCGGAGAUAGAGAAGCUGUUUGAGUCUGUGGCCCGCUCCUGUAUGCAACCCAAGCAACAAGGUCAAGCUAUCAGGGAACAGGACGGCCCCCAGGAAGUGCACUAACUUGACUUCUAGGUCAAA